AUGAACAACGACAACAGCGGUGGCGGCGAGUUGGGGAAAGCUGGGAAAAGGCGUCGCGAUGAAGAAGAAACUGCUACUGACAGGUUAAGCCAUCUUCCAGAACCCAUUCUUUAUCACAUCCUUUCGUUCCUCGACACGAAACUCGCAGUGCAAACCUCGGUGCUUUUGCGGUAUUGGAACCGCGCCUGGAAACAUGUCCCUGUCCUCAACCUGGAUAAGGAGUCGUUUCUGCAAGAUUCUGAUCAGUUUGAAAAGUUUGUGUCCAAUGUUUUGUCCCUCCGCUACAACCUUAAUCUCCGCAAGGUUGUCUACGUCGACGACAACAACAAUUAUGCAGGCCGCGCGUACGACAGGAAAUCUAUGGACAGGCUUUUGAAAGUGAUCAACUAUGCAUUAUCCCAUGGCGUUCAACAUUUGGUCCUUCGCUUGAGGGCUACCAACAACCCCUGCAACUUCAGUUCGAUAUUCUCGGAGUACUGCGAUGACGAGUGCUAUUCGAUGUCCUCGGAUCGGAGCACUGCGAUAACAACAAGAAGAAGGAGAAUGGUAAUCUGA